AUGUCUUGUUUUUUAGUGUCAGAUAAAGUCUAUAAGGACAAAGAGAAAUAUAAAAAACAAUUGAGAAUUAUUUCUGAACACGAGAGUCGAAUUCGGCGUGCAUUUAAUUCUGCUAGAACAAACGUUACAAUGGAAAUGACGUUGAGAAAUGUUUCUCAAGUUUUUGUGAGUCCUUUACAUGAAGGAGAAAUGAUACAAAACUUUACAUUAAAUACACAACCACAAUUACCUGAUACGAAUCAUGCUUAUGUAUUGUUUGUUGCCGUUGCAGAAUUUCAGUGUGACGAUACAGAUAAAGAACUUUGUUGCACAGUCAAUGCUCGAAUGUGGGGUCGAAGUCCAGUUAUCAGCGCUAGUAUGAACGAUAAGGAGUGCGUGCAACUUAAAUCAGGGAAUAACUUUGCUUUUUUGUGUGUUCCGUGUAGGGAUAGAAAUGUUAUACGAAUGAAGUUUGAUCCGGCAUUGGUUGACUUUUCAGAUUUAAUGGUUUUGGUUCAGAUGGUUUUAGUUCAAAUGCAUAACCGUCCAGCGAAUCAUUCCCGACUAAUUCACUGA